AAUUUUGUAUGCAAUGGCUAUAAAAGAUGACCAUGAAACCCAUACGCAUCCUUCAGUUCCACAGAGAAACUCUGGCGGUUAGGAAAAUAUUUCAGGAGUUAAUGACCUGCUCCACCACUGUUGUUUUUUUCAGUAGCUCUUUGAGGCUGGUGAGCAGCUGGACGACAAUGGUGGGCGGUGUUCCCCACCCGUUGCGUAAGAUAGCUACUGCGGGUGCUAUGGUUGUUGGUUCUAUAUUCUGUCUCUCAGUGGCUUCAUCGGUAACCAUUCGAACACUACAAGCUGUUACUGAAGCUAGACGGAAAAAAGUAGCAUUACCUUGUGGAGUUUGUAAAGGAAUAGGUUUCUACACAUGCAAGUUAUGCAAAGGGAGUUCUACAAUAGAAUGGUCACCUUUAUAUGAUCCAGUAGUCAUAAAUCCUUGUCUUUGCCCUACAUGUGAUGGGAACAGGGUGCAACGUUGUCUUAACUGCCUUGGAAGGGGCUAUUCCUGAAUUGCAAGGGGUUGGAGUAUGCUUUUUCAUGAGUCAUUGAGUUCUGUAUUGUAAAGAAGACUACUGAUUCCUAUAAAUUAUACUGGCUUUUUAAUCUGUGUGUCAUGUAUAUCACUCUGAUCUGGAAAAUGAUUUGUUUCAUUAUUACAGUCCCCUAUUA